GGCCGGGCCGGGGGCGGAGGCUGCGGGGCGGGCUGCCCAUUCCCUCUGCUCGGCGGGACGAGGCACCAUCCAGAGCAGCUCGUGCAGCCUGUUAGCUCCUCACAGGAGUCAAACAUAUCCUGAGGAGCCAUAAAAGAGGAAUCCUGCCCGAGAGCCAGCAUGGAGCAGAAGAUUAGCUCUUUCUUUAAUUCCAUCUUGGAACUUGUUCGCACCAAGCACAAGGAGGGCGUCUUCAACACCGUCUGCCUCGCGGUGCUGUUGGGCCUGCCCUUUGUCGUCCUCAUCGCGUCCAUCUUCAUCUGCUGCCACUGCUGCUUCUCCCACUGGAGGAGACAGAGCACGAAGAGGGACAGCCCCAGCAGCAACGGGCAGCUGCAGGCCGAGAGGAACAAGAAGAAGAAGAAGAAGAAGAAGAAGGAUGAGGAGGACCUGUGGAUCUCGGCUCAGCCCAAGCUGCUCUUGCUAGACAAGAGGCCGUCUCUGCCUAUCUAGCGACCAACUCUGAUGUCUCCGGUCCUUCCAGCUGUGCUACAAGGAGAUGCCCAAACUGCUGCCACUUUAUGGUGACUUUGAAAAGAGGCUCAGCCCAUCAGUGGGGUAUCAGAGGGCAGGCACAGAGCAAGGCCUGUAGACACGGGUUUGUGCCCCCCACCAAGGUGAAACCCUCUGCAAAGGACAGACAGCCUGCUGAGCCACCAUGGGGCCACGCUCACUCUCACCUCGGAGAUGCGAGUGCAGCAUUACAGUACAGUGCAGACAUCCUGGCCCUCCACCCCCAAAUCAAAAGCAAUACAAGUUUCGCAGGAUGCACUCAGCCCAACCUCAGAAACCUCAAGUCCCAACCUAAGGCAGCAAAGCAGAAGGCCAUGCUGCCACUCAGCCCAAGGCAGGAAGGAGCCAGGAAGUUGCAAGACCAGCCCUUUUUCACCAGCACCUAAAAAGUCUUCCUUAAAAGACUUUUUUUUGUACAGACUUGCUUUUAAAGAGCCCAUCGUACUGCAGCAAAGUCUGCAUCACCUCUAUGCUACUGCAGGAGCGGAGACGUAAGCUGACGCUGUGUAACAGCUUAGCUAUGGCUAUUAGAGUUAUUUAUUGAAUGACUACUAAGGAGCAGGACCAAAGGCCCCUCUAUUACAGGACUUGGUGCACUGAAUUGCUAUUGGAGCAGCAGACACUUUCCCAGCACAGUCCUCCCCAUGCCACACAUCAGGGGCACGCACAGACCCACAAGCACACACCACUGCCAGCUGCUGCAUGGCCAUCAGCACAGCUGGGACUGGACCUUGCACUCAUCUCCCUCUCCAUCUCCUUCCUCUCUCUUCCUGGCAAAGCCAGCAGCUCCUGGCAGUUCCUUGUGCCACCCAUCCCAGUUUGUGCAACUCCAGCAGGGUGGUAGUGCUAACAUCACGUCACGGGGCUUGGCUCUGUCUGGCUGCACUGGUGACAGCCUCAAAGCUCCUCACCACACAAGGGCUUUAAAUUGCCCCCAUAUGUGCCUUAUAUUCCAGUUUACUUUAUGACCAUUGAAAUAAGUGACUCCCUCCUCCUCCAAAACAGGAAGCGAUGUAUAAUGGUAGAAAACUUUCAGGCUUUGCCACACGUACAUCCGUCCCCCACCCAGGUACUUUUCCCCAGUUUUGGCCAAACCAUGCACUGAACCACUGCAUCUCAAGACAAAAGCAAGAGAGAUGUGUCUAUCAGCAGGGUGACAGCCGUCUGAGCACCAAGGCAAGAGCAGCAUGGUACGGAAACGCGGCUGCACCCCCCCCCCCCACUGCACUGCCUCCCCACAACCGCAUUUCAGUAUCAGCCUUUUCCUAAAGAGUCCAUACAACAGGAGAAAAAACAAAACAGAACAAAACAAAACAUUUUUCUAGCUUUUUUUUUUUUUUUUU